GUGCCUAAACUUAAACUAGACCGAUUCAUCACACCUAUUCGGCCACUAUAUAUAACAUCCGUGAUUUCUCCUUACCAAAAAAAAAUAAAAAAAAUCCGCGGCUACUCGACCUUGGAAGGAAGUGGGUCAGUGCCGCCGCUAGUUCCAUCGUUUUCGUCUUUACCUUAUUUAUUUAUUUUUUCUUUUUUAACUUUUCCGAUCAGUUAAUAACUUUACUCUCAACUCCGAUUCCGAUUCAUGGACAACACCGAUCAAAUCACACCGUAUCCGUCAACAGAAAGAGGCGCCGGCGGUAAACUUAGAAAACCACCGCCGAGAAAACCACCUGCUAGUCCUUACGCUCGUCCUUCAUCAUCAUCAACAACAACUAACCGCCGAUGGAUUUCAAAGCUCGUCGAUCCUGCCUAUCGCAUCAUCGCUGGUGGAGCCACUCGUUUUCUUCCUUCGUUUUUCUCCACUUCCGAUUCCGCUUCUACUCCUGUUAAUCCUUCCUCUUCCAACGAAGAAGUUCAAGAAGCAGGUAAAUGGAGAACUGGUGAACAGCACAAUGAAGAUAAUCUGCUAAAAAGCAAUUUACAUAUCCUGCCAUCUGAAUUAUCUAAAAUGGCAAAUACUGGUGAUGGUGGUAGCAGUAAGCUAAACAACAGUUUUGACUUUGAUAUGCCCAGCCACGUUCAAAAAGAAGAGCAACAUGAGAAUAAUAAGUUUUCAGAUAUUGAGCAACUGUUGAAAGGGAAAAAAUUCACUAGAGAUGAAUUCGAUCAUAUAGUGGGGCUUUUGAAUUCAAGAGCAAUCGACGUUUCUAAUGGUGAACAAAGAAAGGAAAAUACAAAUUUGACUUCUAGGCAAGAUGAUGGGGGGCUUGUAGUGGCAGACAAGCUUCCAAAGGUUUUCAAUGAACGAAGGCAUGAAGAAUCAAAUGGCGUCAUACGGGAAAGCUCAACACCUUGCGUGUCAAAAGGUCGAGAUGAAUUUGGUGCUUCACCAGUAGAGAUUGCUAGAGCAUAUAUGGAUUCUCGAGCAUCUGAAGCAGGUCCCAGUUCUAAGAACAUGAUUCAAACUGUCGAAAGCACAAUGCUCUGUAAUGGUGAAGCUGCAAUGAAAUUAUGUGAUCCAUCACCAUCAAAAAAGUCACCAACAUGCUGGCCAGGUGCUGUUGUGCACGAUGCUUACACAACACCACAAACUCAGGGAAGCAAAUAUGGACUUCUUAAUCAUGCACGGACUCCUUAUUCCAGAACUCUAUUAAUGAAGUCCAAGUCCAAGUUGAUCCAUCCCCCUCAAGGAAAUUACAGCCACAUUUCAUCAACUCCCCUCCGUCAAUCACAGACAAGUCUGUAUCUGAAGGACAAAUCUGAAGUUGGUGCAUCAGAAAGUGGAUAUGGAUCUGUUGGACCUAUUCGUCGAACUAGGCAUAAGGUUGCUCUACGAUCGACUCCACAGAGACCAGCAUAUUCAUCUACUCCACAGAGACCAGCAUAUUCAUCUAUGAAUUCUUCACAAAGACAAAAUUCCAGUUUUAUUGAAUAUUCAAAUUCUACUGUUGCUACAAGCACGGGUCCUGGUAGGAUGAGCAGUACUCGUAAGCCACUGGGCUUUGAGCACAGUGUUCCAACAGUACACAUGCAUACUAGUUUGAUGGCUAAGAAGAUAUUAGAGCAUAUUGAUAGAAGCGUUCCCACUCCUAAGGAGAAAUCUGCUGAGCUGAAGCUAGCAACUAAAUGGAAGAAUCCUGAAUCUUCUGUUAAUACAAGUACUAUCUUUUCAAAUGAAUAUAAUGGCUUGGUUAAACUAAAAGACGUUAGUCCUUGUAAAUAUGACGAGCUUGGUGGAAUGAAUUCUACUCUAAGAAAUGAAAAUGAAGGGAGCCGCAAUGUUGAUAUUCAACCUAGGGAGAGUGCUGAUAAAUCUAUUGACAUCACAAAAGAAGGGACUUUGGCAUCUGACCUGAAUGUUCACAACAGCAUCCCCAGACUCACCAUUGACGGGACUACACAAAAUUUUGGUAGUUCUCAAAUGUUUCCAAUGAAGUCGACUUACGAGGAUGGUCUGAUGGCUCUGUCAAGUGGCGGUCGGUAUCCUUCAUUAGUAAAUCAAGAAAAGAAGACUGCGGCCAAUAAUGCCGCUAGUAAACCAGUUUUAGCUCCUAUUUCCGUCAAGAAGCCUGAAUCAAACUGGACUUUAGCAUCUGAUAACACCUCGGGAUUUACCUUUCCUGUUACAGCACCGUCUUCUGUAUUCUCUGAACCGCCAACACCAUCCAUCAUGCCAUUAUUAGUCUCUACUGGUAAUAAGCACCAACCACAAGAAAUACCUACUCAAUUGUCAUACAGUUUUGGUAUUAAAAAGUCGAAUCCAGCAGUAGUAUUUUCCUUUCCAUCCACAAGCAAUAUAGUUCAUAAUGACGAUGGAGUCAUAAAGUAUAACUUUGGUUCAACUGAUAAGGCAAGGCUGUCGUUUUCAUUUGGAAAUACUGCUGUCAACUGUUGAGUUUAGCAAACAAAUGAGGUUCUGAAAAUUGUCCCAGCUAUUUUUUUCUUCUCAUUGUUGUAUUUUUACACUUUAACAGGCUAUGAGCAGAUUUAGUACUUUGUUUUUGCUUUUGUUAUUGAGGUAAAUAUGACAAAAAUGAAGUGAUUCGAGGCAAUGAGACAGUCAUCUGAAAGCCUUUGUAAUUUUACCUACUUACCUAUAAAAUUCGGUGAUCUG